AUGGAUCAUUUAGUUGAUGACUAUGAAGCUUUAAGGGACUUUCUUUUAGAAGCAGAACUACAUCAAUAUUAUGAAUUAUUCAGGGAUAUAUUAAAAGUUAGCAAAUUGUCACAACUAAAAUAUGUUGCAAUUGAAGACCUUGCACAAAUUGGUCUGUCAAAACCAGAGCAAAGAAGGUAUAAAAAACUCUACACCAAAUAUUUUCCAAACAAUUAUAUGACAAAAAUAAAAAAGCUCCUUAGCGCAAACAAAAAGCAUGAAACUUUUAAUCAUGAACUUAAUUUAAACACUGUUGAUUUUCAUCAAUAUUCUGAGAGCAAUACUAAAGUAUCUCCAAAACAUAUUAUUUCAAUAGAAGACAUAACAAUAAAUAAGGAAUUAGGCAUGGGACAGUUUGGUGUUGUUCAGCAGGGAACAUGGGCUACUGGCAAUCAAAGAUUGCAAGUUGCUAUAAAGUGUCUUGGUAAUGAGCGAAUGACAUCAAACUCUACAGAAUUCCUUAAAGAAGCGGCUGUGAUGCAUAGUAUUGAACAUCCUAGUAUAGUAAGGUUGUAUGGGGUUGUUCUACAUAUGGAUUCCCUUAUGCUGGUAACAGAACUGGCACCCCUUAGAUCUCUUUUAGAAUGCCUACAGGAAGUAACUUUUCGAAGUAAUUUCCCAGUGCCUAAUCUUUGCGAGUUUGCUGAACAAAUCUGUGAUGGAAUGACUUAUCUUGAAAAUAAAAGACUGAUUCAUAGAGAUCUUGCUGCAAGAAAUAUAUUAGUAUUUAGCAAAGAUAGAGUAAAAAUUUCUGAUUUUGGUUUAUCAAGAGCUUUAGGUGUUGGGAAAGACUAUUAUCAAACAAAUUAUAAUGUUAAUCUUAAACUACCUGUAGCUUGGUGUGCUCCGGAGUGUAUACUGUAUCUGCGCUUUACAUCAGCAAGUGAUGUAUGGGCAUUUGGUGUGUGUCUAUGGGAAAUGUUCACUUAUGGUUUUCGGCCGUGGGUUGCAUUCUCCGGACAACAAAUUCUGGAAGCCAUUGACGCACCUAACUAUCAGCGAUUAGAGCGCCCAGAAUGCUGUCCCGAUGCUUAUUACUCACUGAUGCUUGAGUGCUGGUCUCAUGAUCCUAACAAUAGACCGAAGUUUAAAGACUUAAAGCCUCGUCUAAAGCAAAUAAGACCUGAAGAGGUUCAAGCGAUUGGUAAUCAACAAAGGAGCGAGGAAGGCCGUCGUAGUAACUUUCUGAAAUACAAAGUUGGUCAAAAAAUUACAGUUCUUGGGAAAGAGGAUUUUACAAAGACUGCGAUGUGGUAUGGCGUUUUAUCUGGCGGAACAUGUGGGAUUUUCGAUCCGAACAACAUGAAACCAAUCAUCAAAAAUGAGAGAUCUCAAUCACUCGAGCCUGGCUCCUCUCCGCAUCCGUCACGCUCCAUCCGCUCAUCAAUUUUGCGAUCUGAUGCUAAACGGCACACGGUUAUGGGCAAACGUUCAAUACAACGAAGUAUGAUAUCUAGCCCCCAAGGCGACGUGAAGCAUACAGGCCAUGUGGGCGCCGAUGGUGCUUACUUCGGCGAUAUAUCAUUUUUGGAUCCCGCUGGUUGUCCUCCACGCCAAAUCGUGACGCCCUACCGACCGUCUGAAGAUCUAGAACAGGUGCCGCUCAUAAAUCCAAAUUCACCGUCGCACUUAACGGCUGCAAGUACACCAUACCCUCUGCUGACUUCGGGCUUCGAGCAGAGGCCUAGCUGCGAUCAAGUCGACUUAGCCUGCGUUGAUUCGAAACAGAAGCCGAUCAAGAAGGGUCAUUUGAAAUCAGUCCUAGAACCGACGACAAGCAAGAGUCUUCUGAGUAAGGUAAAGUCGGCGACCCUCGGGCGCUCACAUAAAACUGAAGAUGGAAUCCAAGGAAGAUCCGCAGAAACCCACGAGUACCAUGAAAUCUCCGACACAGACACCGAAAGCACGGCUACAGAUAAUGCGAAAGCUGAUAUACCUUCACCAGACGCAGUUAUUAUGAAAGCUUCCACGGACUUUAGUAAAAGCUUACUUGACGAAAUGGAGUCUAUGUUUCGAAAUUUAGAUGACAGACGUCGCAAUGAAAGCUAUGAUGACGAUUUGUCUCUAUAUGGGUCCAGGUCCAUUUGCUACAGUUCAUAUUAUAUUUAA